CUGACCUCUCCCUGGCCGCCCAGCACAUCUGGCCUGCCGCCCGCCCCUCUCUCUUGCCCCGGUGCCUCCUCUGGCCAGAUGUGCAGGCUGGCGGAAGGCUCCGAGGGGAGGUGCUGAGGCCGAGGGCUGGAACUACUUUCUCACAGCAGCAGCAGGAGCAGCAGCAGGAGCAGGAGCAAGAGCAGCCACAGACUCAUUGUGUGUGAGAGAGAGAUGGUGGAGGAGGCGGCAAGAGGCGGCGGCACAUAAUCCUCCCCAUGCAACUUUUCCUGCGACCGCCUGGCACGCCUUGUCGUCCCCGAAACACACGGCCCAUCUGGAAGAGGACUCCCAAUUUUGCACAAGUUCAUCUCUGAAGAAGACAAGAACUCUCCCUGGGAUUUCACAGAUGUAGAAGUUGCCUUUAUAAGUCUUUCCUUCCAGGUGGUAAGAGCCUUCUCCUCCCUCUCCUCAUAUUAAUAUAUAUCAUACUGAACAUAUAUUGACAUAUCUUCAGCCCCCAGAUACCCAUUUCAAGGAAAGUUUGCAGCAACUUUGGAGCUGAGAGUGUCAGGAUGGGAGAGGAGAACCUCAACUGUCCUCACCUGGCUGUUUGCUGACAAUUUGCCAUUAACUCUUGACUGGAUUUUACCGUUUCUUCCUCCGUUUGAGACUUUGGGCAAAGAGCGUGGCUUGGGAUUCAUAUGAGGAAACGACCUCAGCGUUUCAGCGUCUGGGACUUGGAAGAUGCCUUCCGUGAUGGAGAAAUCGGGGAUCCUCUCCAGGAGCCGGUCCAAGUCGUCGACCAACGGCGGUGGCAACCAGAACUCGGAAGAUGACAGCAGCGAAGAAGAGCACUCCCACGAUAGCAUGAUCCGUGUGGGAGCGGAUUACCAAGCUGUGAUCCCAGAGUGCAAACCAGAGAGCCCGGCUCGCUACAGCAACAAGGAGUUGAAAGGGAUGCUCGUCUGGUCGCCAAAUCAUUGUGUCUCUGAUGCCAAACUGGACAAAUACAUUGCCAUGGCCAAGGAGAAGCACGGCUACAACAUAGAGCAGGCGCUCGGGAUGUUGCUGUGGCACAAACACGACGUGGAGAAGUCCUUGGCCGACUUGGCCAACUUCACGCCCUUCCCGGACGAGUGGACCGUGGAGGACAAAGUCCUGUUUGAGCAAGCCUUUAGCUUCCAUGGCAAGAGCUUUGCUCGGAUCCAGCAGAUGCUUCCUGAUAAACUGAUCCCAAGCUUGGUGAAGUAUUACUACUCCUGGAAGAAGACCCGGAGCAGGACGAGUGUGAUGGACAGGCAAGCCCGCAAGCUCCUGACCAAGAAAGAAAAGGACGACAGCAAUGAUGAACUGGACGAAGGACGGCAGGCGAGUGAGGGCGAGUUUGACGCUUUGGAUCCCAAGAAGGAGCCUCCUUACCAGAAGCCACUCAACAGCAAACCGGGGCCGGUGAAGAAGGAAGUGCAACUGUCACAGUAUCGGCACCACCCGCUGCGCGCCCGCCGGAGACCUCCCAAGGGCAUGUACUUAAGCCAAGAGGACAUCACUGGGCUGUCUGCCAGCCCGGACAUGGCGGCUCUCACCCUGCGGCACUUGGACUCUCAGCUGGUUUCCCUCAAGCGCCAGGUACAAAGCAUCAAGCAGAUCAACAGCAGCAUGAAGCAAGUGCUGGAUGGUGGAAUAGACACACUGCGGCCACCUGAGACAAACAUCAAGUUUAACUCACGCUGGACAACAGAUGAGCAGCUACUGGCUGUGCAAGCCAUCCGUAAAUACGGGAAAGAUUUCCAGGCCAUCGCAGAGGUGAUCAGCAACAAAACGGUGGCCCAGGUGAAGACGUUCUUUGUCAGCUACCGCCGCCGCUUCAACCUGGAGGAGGUGCUGCAGGAAUGGGAGGCCGAGCAGGACGGAGGGGGGCUGUCGGCAUCUGCGCAGGGCGCCUCUCCUCCCCAGGACCACAAGAGCUCCAGCGCAUCGCUCGCGAGCAGCGAGGAAGACGACGAGGUGCAGAUCACCGCUGUGUCCCGUUCCUCGCAGCAGCAGAACCAGCAGCUUCCGCCGCCGCCUCUGCCCGCUCCACUGCCACUGCCGGCGUCCCCCCGCCCGCCCGUGGCCGCCCUCUCGCAGCCGCCUCCGCUGCUGAGGCCCACUCUCCCCACGGCGCCCACGCUGCACCGCCAACCCCCGCCCCUGCAGCAAGGCCGCUUCCUCCAGCCCAGACUCUCGCUCAACCAGCCGCCGCCGCUCAUCCGACCGGCAACCUCGCGACCGGCGCCGUCCCGCGGAGCCCAGCAGCACCCUCCGUCGCUCCUCGGCGGGGCAGGGGAGCACCCUCCGCACCCGCCGCCCUCUGGCAGCUCCCUCUGAGAGUCUCCCGUCUACACAGGGUUGGUAUGGCUGUUGGUGGGGAGGAGGAAGAAGAGAACUGACGCUCCCAGGGGUCUGGCCCCAGGUUAUGUAGCACCCAACUCCAGUUCUUACUUACGUACACUGGGGUGAGGUUUUUCAUUUUCCGGGGUUGGGGGAGGGACGCGAUUAGGGCUAGUAGUGUGGGCGAUGGAUUAUGUUUACACCUCUGCAGGAUUGAAUUGCAUCAGUGCCUGUGUGGAAAGAGGGAGGGAAGUGGGGGGGACGGGGACAAGGGUGGUUGAGUUGGGCCAUGGGUGGAAUUUGGGGGGUGGGUCGGAAGAGAGAAAGGGAUGAACAACGUGCUCCUGAUCCAACUGGGCUGGGAGGAAGUCCCUAAGCAAAGAGUAGCAGGAAGAGAAGGAGCCUUACAAGGGUUACACAGAGAUUGUGAAGAUGGAGUAGGAAAUGAAGCACAUGGGGGGGGGGGGGGGUGGCAGGGGGUCCGGGGGCAGCCUGAAGGGAAGAAAAGGGCUCUCCUACGUCUACGCAACCCUCUCACGGCUAGGUCUCUGGCGGGGUUGCUUUUUUAAAGGGGUCCGGAAGGCAUUUUGGAGGGGUCGGGUGGGUGGGCGGUGCUCACGGAACAUUUUCAAUAAAGGUAUUUUGUUACAAAUGGCUGGUUUUUCUAACUUGAGCAAACAAAGAGCAAAGAUUAAGAUGUUGUGAAACCUUUCAUGGCUGGAAUCGCUGGGUUGCUGUGAGUUUUCUGGGCUGUAUGGCCGUGACUCUCAUUCCUCGCUUUUUGCUCCUGGACACUUGCUUCAACUUUCAGAAUUUAAUGUGAACUUCUCUCUUGUCCCUCUGGUUCUUGUACGCCACUGAAGAAUUUCGCCUGUGUUGUCCAGGGCUUUCAUGGCUGGACCCACUGGGUUGCUGUGAGUUUUCUGGGCUGUAUGGCCUUGACUCAUUCCUCGCAUUUUGCUCACUUGCUUCAACUUUCAGAAUCUAAUAUGAACUCUCUCUUGUCCCUCUGGUUCUUGUACGCCACUGAAGAAUUUGGCCUCUGUGUUGUCCAAGACUUUCAUGGCUGGACCCACUGGGUUGCUGUGAGUUUUCUGGGCUGUAUGGCCAUGACUCAUUCCUCGCAUUUUGCUCACUUGCUUCAGCUUUCAGAAUAUAAUGUGAACUUCU